CAAACUUAGAGGUAUUUACAAACCAUACCAAAAUUUAGAUCUACAAUUCUAGAGAGACAGAGCAAUUAACUCGGCGACGUUCUUAAAUCUCCGUCGUGCAUCUGUCGCCGCUCUCCUCCGACUUUCGCUCGUGUUAGGCGAAAAAACAAAUGGCUGGAGAAGGUGAAGAAGAUAUGCCAAGAGACGCCAAGAUUGUCAAGUCUCUGCUUAAGUCGAUGGGCGUUGAGGACUACGAGCCUCGCGUGGUCCACCAGUUUCUCGAAUUAUGGUACCGUUACGUGGUCGAAGUGUUGACCGAUGCUCAGGUUUACUCGGAGCACGCUAGCAAAUCCACCAUCGAUUGUGACGAUGUGAAGCUAGCUAUUCAAUCCAAAGUUAGUUUCGGCUUCUCGCAGCCUCCUCCAAGAGAGGUGCUGCUAGAGCUUGCUGCGAGCAGGAACAAGAUUCCUUUGCCUAAAUCGAUAGCAGGACCAGGCAUUCCGCUCCCGCCUGAACAGGACACAUUGCUUAGCCCAAACUACCAGCUCGUUAUACCGAAGAAGUCAGCUUCAACGGAACCCGAAGAAACAGAGGACGAUGAAGAAAUGACAGAUCCUGCACAAUCAUCAUCUCAAGAACAACAAACAUCUGAGCUUCCAAGCCAAACUCCUCAAAGGGUGUCUUUUCCUCUCUCUAGACGACCCAAAUAAGUAGAGAGAGACAAGAGUAACAAUUAUGUUAUGUGUAUCAAGAUGUAGAAAAUGUUUUGUGAAUGACCAGAUUAUCUUUCUUUAUCUGGAAGUGAAAUCUCUUAAUCUA